AUGCUGGGCGCGUCGUCACUAGACCCGUCGUCAUCAGCGUCUCCGUGGCAUACCGCUUCUGCUCCCGUCGUCGCUCAUCCAUCUACUAACUCACGCCCACCUAAACCAUCACUUUCUCCCAAGACGGAAACGAAUCUACCAACUUCAUUCGCUCAUGCCGCUGUUAAAGAAGAGUAUUCACAUAUAGAACCUGUGGCAUCAACAAGCAGCGAGAAGAGUGGGGCAUCCGAGGAAAGUGCGUCGUGUGAAGCAGAUGACAGUCGGCGUCAAAGCAUGACUUCGUCGUCCAUUCCCUCUGUUCACUGUCGUCGACUCACCUUUCGUUUGCCCCCGAAGUUCGCUCAGAGGCUGAAACGCAUUGCUAAUAAGCAACCGAAUACAUUAGGGCGUAUCGGCGUAUCCAAAGUAAAGGUUGGCGACGGAGAAACAGUUUCUGUGAAUGACGUUCCCCCACCCCAGCCGGUGAAAGUUGAAGAAAAGCGACCUGAACAACCCGUUGAGCGAAGUGAGCCUCGUUCGGUCGGAGCUCCUCCUCCACCUCCGAGUUCUGCACCGACCAGUGGACCAGGACCAGUAUGUCAGCCUCCUCCCGGCUAUCAUCCUGUCCAACAUCAACAAGAAGUUGGACCACCGGUUGCUCCACAUUCCAUGCAAAGGCCGCCUCCACCGAUCAACAACAACAGCCCGUUGUUGGUUAACCUUUUGAGCUCGCAGCAACAACCAGGUAUGGUUGGUGGACCUCCGGCAAACGUGCCGCCUCAUCAUCAAUCGUACUCUCCAGCUGGCACAUAUAUGUACCCUGGUAAUGGUCCACCUCAUCAGCACCCUCACUCGGCCAAUGUUCCGCAAUCAGCAGGCCCACCUAUUAUGGAUCCGCAGCAACAUAUGGCAAUGCAGCAGCAGAUGCAAAUGGAACACCGUCAAAGAAUGAUGAUGCAGCAACAACAAGCUCAUGCUGCUGCAGUGGCGGCUGCUCAAGCGCAACAGCAGCAGCAACAACAACAACAUCCGGUACCUGGCCAACCUCAGCAAGCUCCCCUUACACCUGGUGGUUUCUACAAUCCUGCUACUCCUGUACAACAAGCACAAGUGCAGCAGCAGAGACCACCAAUGGGGUAUGCUGGUCAGCCACAAAACCUGGAAUGUUUGUGUGGUCAACCGCAGCAGCCUCAGCAGAUGCAAAUGGAACACCGUCAAAGAAUGAUGAUGCAGCAACAACAAGCUCAUGCUGCUGCAGUGGCGGCUGCUCAAGCGCAACAGCAGCAGCAACAACAACAACAUCCGGUACCUGGCCAACCUCAGCAAGCUCCCCUUACACCUGGUGGUUUCUACAAUCCUGCUACUCCUGUACAACAAGCACAAGUGCAGCAGCAGAGACCACCAAUGGGGUAUGCUGGUCAGCCACAAAACCCUGGAAUGUUUGGUGGUCAACCGCAGCAGCCUCAGCAGGUUCCAGUCAAUGUGCAACAACAGCGUAUGCAGAGCUACCCUGCCCACAUGAAGCCAGGUAGCAUGCCGACUGCAAAUCCUGUGGUGCCAGGGCAAUUCCGAGGGCCUCCUGUCGAGCCAAGUGGAAUGCAGAUGAUGGGUCAUGCCGGAUAUCCACCUGGUCCCAACUAUCCCACAAGUCAGGCUGGAAUGCCUGGUUCUCAUCUGAUUUUAUUUUUAUUCUUCACAGAUGGCAUGCAUGGUGGUCCGGGAUCUGUUCAUCCAACCGUAUCUCAACGAACGUCAGGCUCAGGAGAGUAUUCGCGCGAUGGAACGUCACCUGCUACCCCACACCAGUUCAAUCCUGGAAGUCAUCAAGGGAUGGUCAUGCGCCACAGUGGCACGCCUAUGUCGAGAGCGGACUCACAAGGCAGCGUCUUUGGAAGCACGCCUUUUGGCGUACAGCAACCGCCGACGGGUGCUCCUCCAGGUGCUGAUGACAUUGAACACCCCGUUGACAAGUUGUUCACUGCACAGGAUGAUCACUUAGGCGACCUGGGUGAUUUGGAUGACAUAGAACCCAUGGUUGAUCUCGGUGCGGGGUUAUUAGAUGAAAUCACAGGAAGCAGCCAAGGCAGUGACACUCUCAGCACAUUCGGUACUCAUAUGGGUGGACCUCAUUCCACGGAUUCAUCCAACUGCGCAGUGCAGUCAUCAAACGGAGAUCGCAUAGACUCCUCGAUUGCAUCUGUGGUGGAGAUGGUGUCGAAGAGUGGCACGGCACCAGGUAUGUGUGGUGCUCCCGCUGUAUCCCAAACCGGAACACAUCCUGGUUCAGUGGGCUCAUGCGCAGGCAAUAUGAAGCGACGGCCGAGUAGUGCUCAAAUGGCAGCCAACAUCGUUGCCGUUGCCGGACAGCAGCAGCAGUUGAUGGCUGGUGGUUUCGUUGUUCAAGCAGACCAAAUUUAUGAGCGUCAGCAAGGUGUCAUUAUGCCAAGCCAACGGCAGAGUGGCUGCCCAUUAGACCCUCGAUUCACCAUGGGAGCCCCUGCUCAUCAUAUGAUGAAUCCAGGUCCGAUGCCGGUUCCUGUUCAAAUGAUGCCACCAAUGGCUUCAUCUCCAUCGGCUAGCAAUCUGUCACUUGAGCACAAUGCACGAGCACAAGUUUUUCACGGGCGCGCCGGAAUGGCGAAAGCUGGUGAAAAUGGUCCCGGCAGACUUACAGGAAUACCUAAUGGAGCUCGACGGUCGUUACCAUCAUCCCAACCUCCAGAUUCCGCCGAUGAGGAACGGAUAGCUGAACUUGUAAAGAAGGUUGUGGCGCAGGGUGAGAGCCAAAAGGCAGCCGCUGCUGAGCAAAAGGCGAAAGUACCUCGAAAGAAUCGGCGUAAAACUGAUUUGAGUAAAGAGACAAGCCCACGUGACGAUGAGGAGCCUUUCAUUGUUGAUGGUGCGCGAAGGCGAGCGGCGGGUGUGGCGACAAGUCACGUGCAAGCUGCGGCGUCAAAUUUCCAAGCGACUAUGGCUCGUCAACAGCAAAUUAUGAA